CACCCUUCCUCCAGCUCCUCUUUCACAAAGCCCCAGGAGCCUCUUGGUGCAGGUCCUGCUGGCUGAAACUUAGCCCUCAGAAAGAUGUAGCGACCAGGGGCAGGUCCUCGCCUGGCUAGCACUUUGGGCUGGGAAGCCAGCCGCUAGCAGGAAGCUUGCCUUUUUCCCGUGGCUCAGUCCGAUGUUGCUGUCCAGUGAAGACGAUCCAGUCCAGGAUUUCUUCCAGCCUUUUCUUCAUAUUUCAAGAGCCCAGGCCAACUCUGGCUUCCUUUUCCAACUCUUAACAGGCUUAUCUCUUUGCGGGCCGGAAUUGUUAGCACAGGGUAACUUGCCUGCUGCGCGUUCUGCCUCUGCUCAGACAUGCGCUCCGUGCUGAGUUUAGGGCUUUUUAAUUGUAAAUGUCAGCACUGAAGGGCUCCUUUUCUUUUUCUCCUCUCUUCUACUCUAAAGAACCAGCCUCCUGUUAAUUAGACACUGGAAGUGGUGCCGCUUUGACAGAGGGGGGGAGCGAGCGUGCGUGUGUCCGUGUGAAAUAGAUACAAAAAUGUCAAUGAACAGCAGGAAAAGUUCUGGGAGACCGUCUUACUACUAUCGACUGCUCCGGAGGUCGCGACUUCAGAGACAGCGAAGCAGAUCCCGGAGCCGGAACAGGCCACUUAGCAGGGAAUCUCCCCCAGAGAGGGCCGGGCAGCGGCGCAGCAUGCCCAGCGGGGUCAUGGAGAAAAAUCCCAGCAUGGAGCCCACCGCUACAACGCCGUUCCGUGUCACGGGGUUCCUCAGCCGCCGGCUGAAAGGCUCCAUCAAAAGGACAAAGAGCCAGCCCAAGCUUGAUAGGAACAGCAGCUUCCGGCACAUUUUACCUGGCUUCAGAAGCGUGGACAAUGAAAGAUCCCAUCUAAUGCCGAGGCUGAAAGAAUCCCGCUCCCACGAGUCUUUGCUCAGCCCCAGUAGCGCCGUCGAGGCUCUGGAUCUCAGCAUGGAGGAAGAAGUGGUCAUCAAGCCCGUUCACAGUAGCAUUCUGGGGCAGGACUAUUGUUUUGAGGUGACGACUUCAUCGGGCAGUAAGUGCUUCUCCUGUCGCUCGGCCGCCGAACGAGACAAAUGGAUGGAGAACCUGCGGCGUGCCGUGCACCCAAAUAAGGACAACAGCAGAAGGGUGGAGAAUAUGUUAAAGUUAUGGAUUAUUGAAGGCAAGGACCUGCCCGCCAAGAAGAAGUACUUGUGCGAAUUAUGCCUGGAUGAGGUUCUUUACGCACGAACUACCUGUAAAUUGAAAACAGACAAUGUCUUUUGGGGGGAGCACUUUGAAUUUAAUAACCUCCCGCCGCUCAAAACUAUUUCGGUGCAUCUAUACAAGGAGACCGACAAGAAGAAGAAGAAGGACAAGACCAACUUCCUCGGGCAGGUGACGAUCCCCGUGGGUGCCGUCACGGGGCGGCAGUUUGUGGAGAAGUGGUAUCCUGUCGUCAGCCCCAACCCCAGCAAGGGCAAGUCCGCCGGGCCGAUGCUCCGCAUCAAGGCGCGUUACCAGAGCAUGAGCAUCCUUCCCAUGGAGAUGUACAAGGAGUUUGCGGAGUACAUCACCAACAAUUACAUGGUGCUCUGUUCCGUGCUGGAGCCGGCGCUGAGCGUGAAGAACAAAGAGGAGAUGGCCUCUGCGCUGGUCCAUAUCCUGCAAAGCACGGGGAAGGCCAAGGAGUUCUUGACCGACCUGAUGAUGUCCGAAGUCGAUCGCUGCGGCGAAAACGAGCACCUCAUUUUCCGGGAGAACACGCUGGCCACCAAAGCCAUCGAGGAGUACCUGAAGCUGGUGGGGCAGAAGUACCUGCAGGAUGCCUUAGGGGAGUUUAUCAAAGCCCUGUACGAAUCGGAUGAAAACUGCGAGGUGGACCCCAGCAAGUGCUCCUCCUCGGACCUUCUUGAACAUCAGAGCAACCUGAAAAUGUGCUGCGAGCUGGCCUUCUGCAAAAUCAUCAAUUCGUACUGCGUCUUCCCGCGAGAGCUGAAGGAGGUUUUUGCGUCGUGGAGACAAGAGUGCAGUAACCGCGGCCGGCCGGACAUCAGCGAGCGCCUCAUCAGCGCCUCCUUAUUCCUCCGGUUCCUCUGUCCGGCCAUCAUGUCCCCCUCCCUCUUCCACCUGCUCCAGGAGUACCCCGACGACCGCACCGCGCGCACGCUGACCCUCAUUGCCAAGGUCACGCAGAACCUGGCCAACUUCGCCAAGUUUGGCAGCAAAGAGGAGUACAUGUCCUUUAUGAACCAGUUUCUGGAGCACGAAUGGACGAACAUGCAGCGCUUUCUGCUGGAGAUUUCCAAUCCAGAAACCAUCUCGAACACAGCCGGCUUUGAAGGUUACAUCGACCUGGGCCGGGAACUGUCCACGUUGCACUCUCUGCUGUGGGAGGUCAUUUCUCAGCUCGAGCAGGGCACCAUAACGAAACUGGGCCCCCUGCCGCGGAUCUUGAGGGAUGUCAACACGGCGCUCACUAACCCAGCAUGUGUGCAGGUCUCCGUCACAGCCGACCACACUGCAUCGACGCCCAACGCGGGCAACAGCAUCUCUGCCGGGCUCCAGAAAAUGGUGAUCGAGAAUGACUUAUCUGGUCUGAUAGAUUUCACACGGUUACCGUCUCCAACCCCUGAAAACAAGGACUUGUUUUUUGUCACAAGGUCUGCUGGGGCGCAGCCCUCGCCCGCCCGAAGCUCCAGCUAUUCGGAGGCCAAUGAGCCCGACGUGCAGAUGUCCAAUGGCAGCAAGAGUUUGUCCAUGGUGGAUUUGCAGGACAAUCGGAUUUUGGACAGUGGGGCUAAUGCGCCGGGGGCCGUGGACUCCCUCAAUGACAGCCAGACGUCCGCCGGGCAGUUACAGGGCGUAUGGACCGCCGCACGCACUCAGCAGAACAACGUGACGGGCAUGGCCACGGUGCGCAGGGCAGGCCAGACCCCCACCACGCCCACCACCGAGAGCGCCCCUUCUCCUGUGAACCCCAAUGCCCUGGACCGCACGGCCGCAUGGCUUUUGAAUAUGAACAUGCACUUUUUAGAAGAGGAAAGCACUGAGCCCGAGUCCAAGCACAGGGAUAAGCUCAGGAGUAAGGACGAGCUCAGCCAAGCAGAAAAGUACCAGCAGGACCUGGUAGUGCUACAGGACAAGCUCCGCAUCUCCAACAAAAAGCUGGAGGAGUACGAAAGCCGGUUCAAAUGCCAGGAGGAGACGACCCAGAAGUUGAUGCUGGAGUACCAAGCCAGGCUGGAGGAGAGCGAGGAGCGGCUCCGCAGGCAGCAGGAGGAUAAAGAGAUCCAGAUGAAGGGGAUCAUCAGCAGGUUGAUGUCGGUUGAGGAGGAGCUAAAGAAAGAUCACGCGGAAAUGCAAGCGGCAGUGGACUCCAAGCAGAAGAUAAUCGAUGCACAGGAGAAACGUAUUGCUUCCCUGGACGCGGCCAACGCACGGCUAAUGAGUGCCCUCACUCAGCUGAAAGAGAGGUACAGCAUGCAGACACGUAACGGGAUCUCCCCCACAAACCCAACUAAAUUGCAGAUUACAGAGAACGGAGAAUUCAGAAACAGCAGCAAUUGUUAACCCGCGGAGGGAGCUGCUGCAGGAGAGGAGGCCUGGCCUGAAAGACUGCGCAGCAGCAGGGGUGAGCCGCACUUCAGAGAAUGGCUGCUGUCUGUCCCCCCCGCUCCCCCCCGGACGGCUCCUUACUGCAGACGGCGCACUUGACUGCUCCUUGGUGGGAGAUGCCAACGCCAGCGAGUUGAGGGGACGGAAAGACCGAGUGGUGUGAAAUGUGUGGCAAAAGGAGAGCUUCCUAUGCGGGGAAUGGCUGUCACUGGUGGAUUUAAGUCAGUGUUUCAUGUUUAACCUUUUCCUGCUCCAACUGCCCACAGAGGACACAGCUCACCACCCUGCUGGCCUAGAGGCAUGGGCGUGCCAGGAAGCAGAGUAAAGGGGGCUGGAAAGCCUGCGCCAGGCCCACUCCGGCUCGUUAAAGAGCGUGCAGGAGGGGGGCCUAGCGGGAAAAGCUCAGAGGCGGGUGAGAGUGGUUCAGCGGGAAGACACGUAGCCGGACGCCAGCCCUUGCCAGGCACCGCACGGCCGUGGCACUUAGCUGGCUCACUGGGUCCUUCUGUGUAGCGUCAGGUUGGGGUGUCCGCAGCACGGCCCUCCCAUGAGCCCCGCAGCGUCCGCUCCCAGCCUGGCUCCGGGCACCAGGGAGGAUUCCAGGGCAAGGUGCGGCCGCCCACUUGAUGCACACACACACAAGCCGGGGUUUCAAUGACCCCCCAGAGCCAGAACUCAGGACAGGCCAGGACCAAG